CCUCCUCUCCUCCUGCAGGAGAACAGAGCCGAGACACCGCCGCCCUGACCCACCGUUUUCCCUCAGACCCGCGGCUCUGCUUCGAGCUCUCACCCGCACAGCAGCCGCGCCACAUUUCUUCCACGUUGGAGCCGUCUCCCGCCGACAUCGAGCGAAGAGGUGCAGCCGAUCCCAGGCCUCCAAUCCAGGGCGGAGGGAGGGAAGGAGGUCGCUGGGUAUCGGGAUGGAGACCGCGGAGGGAGCUGCUGGGCCUGGCGGACCGGACGGACCCGGGCUCCGGUUUGGCUGCGCCUCUUUCAACCAAGACUCCACGUCACUGGCUUUGGGAACGAAGACAGGCUACAAACUGUUUUCUCUGACCAUGGUGGAAAAACUGGACUGCAUCCAUGAGAGUGAGACUCCCGAUGUCUACAUCGUGGAACGUCUCUUCUCCAGCAGUCUGGUAGUCGUGGUGAGCAUCGCCAUGCCGCAGCGAAUGAACAUCUAUCACUUCAAGAAGGGGACAGAGAUCUGCAACUACAGCUACCCCAACAACAUCCUUUCUGUCAAGCUCAACAGACAGAGACUCGUGGUGUGCCUUGAAGAGUCCAUUUAUAUCCACAACAUCAAAGACAUGAAGCUGCUCAAGACUCUUCUUAACACUCCGUCCAACCCCUCAGGUCUCUGUGCUCUCUCUAUCAAUCAUUCCAACUCCUACCUGGCGUACCCUGGCAGUGCCACCAUUGGGGAGAUUAUAGUGUACGAUGCCAACAAUUUGAACACAGUGGCAAUGAUCCCAGCACACGACAGUCCUGUGGCAGCUCUCACCUUCAACGCCUCAGCCACCAAACUUGCGAGUGCCUCAGAGAGAGGCACCGUCAUCCGAGUGUUCUCCGUCCCUGAGGGCCUGCGUCUGUUUGAGUUCCGCCGGGGCAUGAAGAGGUACGUCAGUAUAAGGUCUUUAUCCUUUAGCCCUGAUGGCCAGUUCCUCUGUGCUUCCAGCAACACAGAGACAGUGCAUAUCUUUAAAAUGGAACAACUGGGUCCAAGUGGAGGGGACGAGGCUGCCACUUGGACAGCCUACGUGGGGAAGAUGUUCUCAGCAGCCAGCAGCUACCUCCCUGCUCAGGUAUCUGGUAUGAUGAGCCAGGACCGGGCCUUCGCCACUGUUCACCUCCUCUUGUCUGACCAGAGGAACGUCUGCACCUUGGCUAUGUGAGCGGCUCUGUUCUGGCUUGUACUACUCAGCAAAAGUCAAAUGUUAAGUGCUUUUCCUCCUAUGUCCUCGCUUCACUCUUGUUUUUUGGCUCAUAGGCUCUUUGGCAGUGAUGAUGACCAGGGGGAAGGAACAGAGUCCGAGGGGUCAGAGGUCACAGGGCCAGCACAGGCCUGUCCAUCCUACGCUGCAACAGCUGCCUUACCAGCUUCUGGACCGGUCACUGCUACCCUCACUGGCUACUCUGAAGAUGGUGGGGCAAAGAAAGGCGAAGUCAUUCCAGAACACGAGUUUGCUGCCGGACCUGUGUGUCUGGAUGACGAGAACGAAUUUCCUCCUAUUAAUUGGUGCCGUGACGGGACUGGAGGUGGCCCGGGGAGGCGCUCGUGAGUGGGUAGAAGGACAGAUGGACAGACAGACAGGCACCAGCACAAAGGGUUUCCGGUGCCACGUUAUUUUUUUCCGUUCGAGAGAAAACAUUCAUUAACAUUAACAUUUGAAUUACACUGACCAAGAAGGAGAAGUCAACUAGUAAUUUCAGGACCACAAUUAUGUUGUCCUGGAAUGAUUGGGAUAAAGCAACGCUUCUGAUUUUGCACCAACAAACGUCCUCUGAGCUUAUGGUUGAAUUUUAGAACAAUAACUGUGACCUGGGAGGACAUUUCACAAUUUAAGAUGCUGUUGGCAAAAAAAAAAAAAUCAGGCUCUUGAUGAAAAUAUGAGGUGCAUGCUGGAGCAUAAAUAUAACCACAAUUUUCAUAGCUUUAUUACUUGACAAAUAUUUUUUAAGUUACAUUAUUGUAGCAACAUUUUUAUUAUAUUGCCAAUAAUAUUUUUAGUUUACAAAUUGUUUUUCAUUUUCUUCUGUAUUUUAUUUGACUGUAUUGACAUGUAUGAAAUGUUUCUGUUUGCCUCCUGGAUGCAUUUCAGAGGGUGUGUAUGUACUGUAUGUUUGUACCUAUUAUCAUUUGUACAAGAGCAAAGUAUUUUGCUAAUUGCACAAAACCAAAACAAGUCAAAGAAACAAUAAUAAAAUACUACUAAUAAUGAUAAUAACAAUGAAAUAAACAGUGAAGUA